AUGUCGUCGCCUCUGUCCGAAAUUCAAAACCUGUAUGAGCGAUACGUAAAAUGGGUAUCGGGAAAUCCGUCCUCUUUGGCGGACGUGGAGCUGACCGUAAAAUGGCUCUCAUACUUCGUAGCCGGGAAAAUAAACAAUUCGUCCGCCGUUUCCGAGCUGGUGUAUUCUUUGUCGAACUUACUCGUAUUUUUUAAUGACCGCAUCAUCGAGAAAGCACACAAAAAUGUAACGGAGGAAGGAUCCGCUCUUGGACGACACCUGAAGAUGCUGCUGACGACGCUGGAGUAUUGUGAAGUAUUUAUCGAAUUAUCAGCCCACAAAAUUUGGGGCACCAGAGGACGGUGGUUUUUUAUCGCAGUUAUACAGAUCGUCAAAUGUAUAGGCAGACUUGCGCUAACACUGUACUGUAGAAAUACUAAAAUUGUGCACAAUCCACCGAUUCCCGUGCUUGAUCGAAAAAAUGUGCAAGCAGCCAAUCCAAGCGAGAAUACCUCCUUCCGUGACAAUUUAUCGGAGGACAGUUCCGGAAUAGUCCUUAAACGGUCCGGGCGCGUUAUGCGGAAGGUCAACUUUUCUCCUCCCUUAACGUCUAGAACGUGGAAACCGCCAACCAUAGGGAAUCGAACGAACCAACCGGUUGCAUAUGGUGGCAAAUUUCUCGGUCCCGCCGAGAUGCUCUACAUAGUCAAACCGAUCGUGCAUCUUGCGAGCAUGAGGCGUUUCGGUAUUAAGAGCUGGACCAGUUACAUUGUGGCGCUCGCACUUGACAGCGCGAGUCUCCAAAUGUACUAUAAGAAACGUGAGGUGCUGUCUAAGGAACAACGCGUGGAACUGUCUCGCAGGUGUGUGGCGAUGUUGCUGUACCUACUUCGGUCACCAUUUUACGAUCGUUACACGAAAAACAAGAUCGCCAGCGUGCUCAAUGGUAUCGGUAACAACGUGCCACUGACGGGCACCGUUACACGGUUCAUACUUUCCUACAUUCCGCACUGGCAGGAGACCUAUUUUUACAUGUGGUCGACGUAGAACAAUUCACGGUUAUCACUA